AUGUCCCUUUGGGAACAUGAUUGUUAUGGAGAAUUGGCAAAGGCUCAUAAGGUUGUUGAGUUUGCACUGGAGAAUCUGGAGCUAGUUCUAGGCCAAGAAUCAUCAAAAUGCAGAGUUGUUGUUACAGAGAUCGACAGGCAGGAACUUUUGAUGCUCUCUAAUGAUCUCAAAUCCUUGAUGUUUUUCCUCAAAAGGGUUCAGGGAACUUCUUCCAUUCCUGAGAUGGUCACAGAUUUACUAGCUGAAAUUACAACUGUAGUUUGUGAGCACUUAGCUGCCGUUGACUCUUUUCUGUGCAAAUGUGCUGGUAUAAAGUACGAGAAUGAAGAUUCUGGCACAGUUGAUUUUGUUGAAGAAGAUCAGAUUUGUCGAAAAGAUGUUUUUAAUCUUGCUUUAGAUUGGAGGGCUUAUAAUGAAGGUUCUAAAAACUCUGCUUCUGGAAGCUCAUCUGCACCUGAUAAAAUUUCCACAGGGAAACAGAAGAUGGUGAUUGGCGUUGAUGAUGAGGUAAGAGAACUGCUCGACCAACUCCUUGGAGGGUGGCAGAAACUAGAAGUGAUUUCCUUGACCGGCAUGGGCGGAAUCGGUAAGACAACUCUAGCUUACCUAUUGUAUGAUGAUCCAUCUGUUGUUCUUCAUUUUCAUUUGCGUGCUAGAACUUCUGUGUCGCAAUCUUGUGUGAAGAGCAGGAAUGUUGUGUCUGAAUACGGAUUGAAGGAAGUGUGUAGAUUGAUUCAUUUGACUUAUCUGGGAAUUCGACUCAGCGGAAUUGAGAAAUUUCCAGUAUUCAUAUUUCGACUUUGGAGGCUUGAAACCUUCAUUCUUGAACUAGAGAAAGGAGGAAGCCUAACCUUAAGUGCUGAAAUCUAUACCAUGAAAAGGCUGAGGCAUUUCCAUGUUUCUGGAGAAAUGGUUUUCAACAACUCGAAGCCAACAUACGAAAGGUUUGCAAUGAAACCAGGCGUACUAUACGAAUUUGCAGACAAUUUCCCAUCUUUCUCCAUCAGCUUCUGUCUCACAUUUGCUAGCAAGAACUCCUAA